AAAAAAAAAAAGAAAACAUAUGGUCUUGAACUCUGAUCUUCGUCGUAUUCUGGUCUAUCAAUUGUGGAUGUAGCACGGACAUGAACCAAAUUUGGCUCUUUUACCGACAUCGAAAGUGGAUGUGGCCAUGUAGUUCCAGGUGCUCGUAAAAUGGAUGUACGUGACGCUAGUGAGCAGCCUAGAAAAAGCGUUUGACAAAAAACGGCGGCGUGGCCUCUCUCAUUCUUCUCUCUGCUAACGAUAAAUGGUAAAAACGUCUAAUUCUAAGUUAAAUCAUUCUCAAAAUGAUUAAUUAUGUGACGUCCCGCCAUUGGUCGAAACCCUAAUUUUUUCACUUUAACAUCAUUUCUUGCAAGAACUUGUAUAAUUAACUAUUUUGAGAAUGAUUUAACUUGGAAUUAAACGUCUUUACCAUUUAUCGUUAGUAAUACCAGCAUAGGGAAUCUUCUAGUUGUAACUAGUCUAGGGACUAGCAACGCGACCAAUCCAACACAACAAGCGUAUACUUAUAAAUUACUAGUCGUCGCUAUCUCUUAAGCCUUGUGUCCACGAUGCUAGAAAUCGGUCCGAGUUCUCGAUCCGAGAAAAAGUUACUAACACUCGAAUCGUGUACACUACCGACUCGAAUGAAUAUCUCGAAUAGAAAUGUCGAACAGAAAAAUGUAUCCUGUCCCAUUUUUUUAUACUAGUUACUAGAUUUAUUUCUUGUUGCCAACAUUAUUACUUUAUAAAUAGCUAGUCAAUCGCGUUGGACAUGAAAAUAUUCAUGACCUACAAGACCUUUUAAUAAAAUAGCAAAGAAAAUUAUAGAAAAAGAAUAAGAUAACCUUUAAUAAAUAAAGCAAAGAAGAUUUGGUUCACAUAUAACCCAGAGGCAAAGAAAGAGUAUGGAUAAAGACAAUAUUAGAACUUUAUUAUUGUUGUAUCAACAACAUCCAUGUUUAUAUGUCGUAAAAUCUAUUGAUUAUCAUAAUCGUAUAAAACGAGAAAAAGUAUUACAAACAAUAUGUGAUCAAUAUACAGAGAUAACAGAACAGCCAUUGACGAUAGAAAUUGCAAAAAAGAAAAUCAAUAACUUAAGAUCGCAAUAUUUAGACUAUCUGAAUAAAAUUAAACAGUCAAAAGCAAGUGGAGCAUCAACCGAUGAAAUUUAUAAACCCACCUGGUGGUUGUAUGAGGAUAUGAAAUUUCUUGAUCCUUAUAUUUCACAGAGAAAGGGAGAAUCUUCUAUAAAAGAAAGAUUUUCCAAGGAGCAGUCUGUAACAAUGGCAUUAAAUGAAAAUGAAAAUAACAAUGAACAUCUACAAUUUUUGGACGUUUAUAAUAUUUUAGAAAAUAAAGACCAUAAUAAAGAAAAUAUCCAUCAAAAUGAGUUCUCUCAAAGUAAGUCGUCAUCUUCAAUAAGCACUCCAAGAAGUUCUAUAUGCAUCACACCGGUACCUAAAAGGAAAAGAACUGAAACAAUAAAAUCUGAAACUUCUUCUAUUGAACAAAAUAAAUUUUGGACAAUAGCUUCGAAUGCAAUUGAAUCGAUAGCUAAAAAUGAAAAAAUGGAAGAUAGCUUAAGGCAUUGGAUUCUAUACUUAGAAAAUGAAUUACGUAAAAUAAAAAUUUCAAAAAAUUAAAAGAGUUGCAAAGAAACAUUAUUACACUAGUUGACAAUGCAGAUAGUGAUUAAACACAUUGUUUUUGUUUUAAGUUUUUCUGUGAUCUCAUAGGUUAUGCAGAUAGUGAUUAAAUACAUUGUUUUUAUGUUUUAAGUUUUUCUGUGAUCUCAGGUUAUGCAGAUAGUAAUUAAACACAUUGUUUUUAUGUUUUCAGUUUUUCUGUGAUGUCAGGUUAUGCAGAUAGUGAUUAAACACAUUGUUUUUAUGUUUUAAGUUUUUCUGUGAUCUCAGGUUAUGCAGAUAGUGAUUAAACACAUUGUUUUUAUGUUUUAAGUUUUUCUGUGAUCUCAGGUUAUGCAGAUAGUGAUUAAACACAUUGUUUUUGUUUUCAGUUUUUCUGUGAUUUCAGGUUAAAAGUUUUCAAAUUGCAUUACUGUGCUUUGUAAAAUUUGAUUUUCUUUAUGUUUAGUCAAAGUAGACAUAUGUGCGUGCGUACUCAUAUAAUAUUUAUAUUUGUUUUUUUUUCGUUA